CGGAAACCCGCGUAGUAUGCUAGCAAUAAACAAGAAACGUAGCAUAUUGACGCUAUCAUUGCUCUCACAGCAAUGAGUUACCAACAUUAAAUGUAAUUAAUCGUCGCACGAAAUUCGGUAAUCUCAGCGUUAUUUGUUAGCCUCAUUGCUAACUAGCUCCGCUUACUAAGCUAACGUUAGCUUACCUCUACCGUUAACUCGGUUAUUCCCGCUGUUUCGUUGUCGCCUCGCUGCACAGAAGAAACUGAGGCUGUCAGUCAGUGUUGGAGGAUCUGAGUGAUUAUGGCCGACCCUGCACGGAUCAAACCAGAGGUGACACCUGAGAGAAUAUCUCCUGCUGGCGACGAGCAUCCCAAAUCAGAGGAAAGUGAAGAUGUAACGUUACCUGCAACAGCAAAACCUGCAGAUGAAAAAGAGUCAUCGUCUCAAGAUCAGCCCAAACAGGAGAAUAAAUCUGAAAUAGCAGCUGGAGAAGAUGAAGAGGAAGGAACCUCUGGCCAACCUGCCUCCAAAAGACUGAAGGUGGAACCAGAGAAGAAGAAGGAGAAGCGUCAGAAAGUUGACGAGGAUGAAAUACAAAAGAUGCAAGUUUUGGUGUCGUCCUUUUCUGAGGAGCAGCUGAAUCGCUAUGAGAUGUACAGACGCUCUGCCUUCCCUAAGGCUGCUAUUAAGAGGCUGAUUCAGUCCAUAACCGGAUCAUCGGUGUCUCAGAACGUGGUGAUUGCUAUGUCUGGUAUCUCUAAGGUUUUUGCUGGUGAGAUUGUUGAGGAAGCAUUGGACGUUUGUGAGAAGUGGGGCGACACGCCACCGCUUCAGCCCAAGCACAUGAGGGAAGCAGUGAGGAGGUUGAAGAGCAGAGAUCAGAUUCCCAACACAAAGUACAAGCAAAUUCUCUUUCACUGAGGCACCUGUGCUUUAAAUCGCCUCUGUCGUCAUACUGCAGCCACCUGGACACUGAUUAUUCCCUACGGACUAACCGUUAAAAUCUGUGACUGUAGUAUUAAAGAAUGGUCAAUACAGACAAGAUGACAGUCUCUUAUAUGAAGAUAACUGCAAGAUAAAUUCCACUCAACUGUCCUCGUGUGAAGGUAAAUUCUUGCUGCAACACUCAGUUCAAAUGGUGCGAAAUUAUAUUCAUGUAUUAUGGUUGUAAAUACAUUGUUUUUUACCAA